AUGGUUCUGCACAACCCCAACAACUGGCACUGGGUCAACAAGGACGUCUCGGCAUGGGCCAGGUCCUACUUUGACGAGAGCCUGACAAAGGUUCAAGCUGAGGAUGGCGAGGUUAAGGCCAAGAUUGAUAAGAUCCAGAGCAUGGACGGUGAUGUUGACGUCAGCCAACGUAAAGGCAAGGUGAUUACCAUCUUUGACGUCAAGAUGGUCCUGCAAUAUUCUGGAUCUGCUCCCGGUGAGGAUGAUGUUUCUGGCACUAUUACCGUGCCUGAGAUCGCCCACGACACGGAAGAAGACGAGUACGUGUUUGACGUAGACAUCUUUGCCGAGUCCAAGGAGAAGCAGCCCGUGAAGGACCUUGUCCGAUCAAAGAUUGUGCCCCAGCUGCGUCAGGAGUUCCAGAAGCUUGCCGGCGCCCUCAUCGCCGAGCAUGGCAAGGAUAUCCAGCAUGCCCCAGGCUCCAACCCUUCGAGCGGUUUCUCGACCCCCAAGGUCCACCCCAGCUCUACCCCUAAGCCUGCUGCCACUUCAAGCAGCCAGACCAACUCUGGCGGUGUCGUAAACACCACUACCGUGACUGACAACGAAGAGUUCCGAACCACUGCCGAGGAGCUGUACCAGACUUUUGUCGAUCCUCAACGGAUCGCUGCUUUCACACGAUCCCCUCCCAAGGUUUUCGAUGGUGCCAAGGUCGGUGGCAAGUUCGAGCUGUUUGGCGGAAACGUGUCUGGCGAGUACCUUGAGCUUGAGGAGCCCAAGAAGAUCACCCAGAGCUGGCGACUGAACCAGUGGCCCGCUGGCCACUUCUCCAAGCUCCACAUCGAGUUUGACCAGAACGACGUUGACCACGUUACCGUUAUGCGAGUCAAGUGGGAGGGUGUUCCUAUCGGCCAAGAGGAUGUGACCAAGCGCAACUGGCUCGAGUACUACGUCAAGAGCAUCAAGCAGACUUUCGGCUUCGGCACCCUUUUGUAA